AAGUAAAGCCGCUAAUUUCACAGAGAUAAGAGAAACGCUUUCCUUCUUAUAGACGGAGCAAUUUGCGGUACUAUGGCUACUAUUUGCAGUAAUAGUCGCCGGUAAUACCGCGGUCCUCGCCGGACUUCUGCUGGGAAAACGUAGAAAAUCUCGGAUGAAUUUCUUCAUCAUGCAACUGGCAUUUGCCGAUCUGAUGGUCGGCCUAAUAUCUGUACUGACAGACAUAAUCUGGAGAACGACUGUCGCGUGGUACGCGGGCAAUGUAGCUUGCAAGCUGAUAAGGUUCAUGCAGUGUGUAGUAACCUACAGCUCGACCUACGUCCUCGUGGCUCUAUCAAUCGACAGAUACGACGCCAUUACCCGUCCGAUGAACUUCUCCGGCAGCUGGUGGAGAGCUCGUGCAUUGGUGAUUACGGCCUGGGCGCUGUCAGCAUUGUUCAGCAUGCCGAUCAUAUUCCUGUACGAAGAGAAACGAAUACAGGAUACGACGCAGUGCUGGAUUGAUUUGAGCCCGACUCAGUGGAAGAUCUACAUGAGCCUGGUGAGUUUCAGCCUCUUUAUAGCGCCUACCGUGAUAAUAGGGGGCUGUUACACGGUCAUCGUGGUCACGAUAUGGUCGCAAGGAUCAGCGUUACGUCAGGGACCUACCAGAGAUACUCGGAGGGCGUCCUCGAGAGGUCUCAUUCCCAGAGCGAAAAUCAAGACCGUAAAAAUGACCUUCGUCAUAGUAUUCGUAUUUAUCCUUUGCUGGAGUCCAUACAUAGUCUUCGACCUCCUUCAAGUUUACGGGCAUGUGCCAAAGACUCAGACGAAUAUCGCAGUCGCUACCUUCAUACAAAGUUUGACGCCCCUCAAUUCGGCCGCCAAUCCAAUCAUCUAUUGCCUCUUCAGUACUCCGUUCUGCAAAACCGUACGGAACAUGCAGGCAAUCUCCUGGAUUUCGGGAUGGUGCCCGACGAAUUCGCAUCACUGCUUCGGUACCGGAGCCACGACCAACAGCACGAGAACGACCGUGACGACGUCUUUGACGGCCCAUUCCUCCCGCAGAAGCGGACACUUUACUAUGUUGCACUCUACGUCGCGAAAACGCGUCAUGGUCUCGCUGGUUUAAAGAUCGUGAUUUUCGAAAGAGCGAUCGUACUGAUUUCUUUGUUGAUUGAUAUCCUCUUAUAAAUCGGUAUUCGGAGCGGACUUAGGUAUAGUUCGUUUGUGAUUAAAUUGAUCAUUACAGAAAAAAUAAACAUAAGUCAAUAUUCUUACGAAUAAUUUAAAAAGAUCGACGGAUUUAUUUUCCGGAAAGAGUUUUAUUUAAAAAUACAUAUAUAGUGGCCAAAUAUCCAAGCCAGAUUUUCCUGAUAUUUAUAUAUCCCUAAUAUUCUUUGCAAAAAAAAAGAAGAAAAAUCGAAUAAGUGAUGCAAGAGCUUAUCAUUGAAAAGUUUCCGCUUUUGUGAUCUCUAUUUUAACGUAUUGCUUUUAUGUAUAUAUCGUUUCGCAAAGACCGAUUUUCAAGGAUUGCAAAAAGCUAAUGUACUUCCAAUGCGCGACUAUCAACUCGACAACGUAAUAAUUUAAUUAUUUUAAUUUAGAAAUAAGAUUAACUGAUAAUCCAAUUGAUAAUCUUGAGUUGACGUCUACUUAACUCGAUAAUCACACGUAAUCAUUU